ACGACUGACAUACAUAUUUAAAUACCCCGCAGCCACACGCGUCGACCUCCACUUUUUCUGUCUCUUCUUUUACGACCGUCAUGUUCUUCACCAAGCAUAUCACGAUCCUCCUCCUGGCUGCUGCUGCUAGCGUCAGUGCUGCUCCCCAAAUCGACAGCAUAUUCAACAGCAUCACUUCGGACAUCGUAUCUGUAGCGACACAAGUGGCAUCCGGUGCUGAGUCUGUCGGUACCGUCGUCGCUACCGGUGCCGAGUCUGUCGGCACCGUCAUUGCCAGCGGUGCCAAAUCCGUCGGCACUCAGGUCGCGAGCGGAGCGGAAUCUGUGGGAACACAGAUUGCGAGCGGUGCUCAGGGAGCUUUCCAGACCGUGACAUCUGCCGGCGGACACGCUGUGACAGUUGUGACUUCAGUGGGAGGUGAAGCAAUCACGCUCGCCGCCUCGGGAGCGGGCCGACUCACCACCUUCGCCGGCUCCGUUUACAACGCCGCCACCAGUGCUGCGGGCUCUGCAGCCACCGGAAACGCUGGUGUCACUCUUGCCGCUUCACCAAGCCUAUUCGUUGGCUUGGCAUCCGUGCUCGCAAGCAUUUGCGUCGGCGCCAUGGUAGUUGUCUGAAGGCAUAUUCUAUUUGCUACCUGUGGACUUGAGGGACUUCUAAUUUCGACACUUAUUUUACCCUAUAAUUCAAAGAGAGUGCUCGAUUGGUGAAUAAGAAAUUUGCUGUGUAACUCUGCUCAUCAGGCAUCAGACCAAUGCACUAUAACUCCC